AUGCCAACACUCCGAAAGGCAGGGUUCUUUUCUGAAGCUGAUCAAUGUUGGUUGCAGAUAGCUGUGGAGGGUUGCUGUCAUGGAGAUCUGGACAAAAUAUACGCCACCAUGCAACAUCUAGAGAAAAAGCAGAACACGAAGAUCGAUCUGCUCAUCUGCUGCGGGGAUUUCCAGGCCGUUCGCAACCUGGAUGAUCUGGAAUGCCUGGCCUGCCCACCCAAAUACCGCGAAAUGAAGACCUUUUACCGUUACUACACCGGCCAGGAAGUGGCCCCUUACCCCACCCUCUUCAUUGGCGGGAACCAUGAGGCCUCCAACCACUUGUGGGAGCUGUACAAUGGCGGCUGGGCAGCUCCAAACAUCUACUACCUGGGCCACGCGGGGGUCAUCAGCUUUGGCGGGGCGCGCAUCGGAGGCCUCUCUGGCAUCUACAAUGCCAAGCACUACCGACUGGGGCACUACGAGCGGCCGCCGUACCAGAUGGAUACAAUGCGCAGCGCAUACCACAUCCGCGAGCUAGAGGUGUACCGCCUGAAGCAGAUCCAGACACCGCUGGACGUCUUCCUGUCGCAUGACUGGCCGAGGAAUAUCGCGCGCCACGGCGACACUCAGCGCCUCGUGCGCGCCAAGCCCUUCCUGCGCUCCGAGAUCGACGACAGCUCGCUUGGCAGCCCGCCAGCAGAGGAACUGCUGAAGACCUUGCAGCCGGCUUACUGGUUCUCAGCGCAUCUUCACGUGAAGGGAGACGCGGCGAACGGCGGCGGCGGCGAGCGUACGACGGCGUUCCUGGCGCUAGACAAGUGCCUGCCCGGGCGCAGCUUCCUGCAGGUGUUGGAGCUGCCUGAUGUGGAGGGCCCAAAGGUGUUCAGCUACGAUGAGGAGUGGCUGGCCAUUCUGCGCACCACCCACUCGCUCCUCAGCCUCAACAGGCAAGCAGUACCCCUGCCAGGUCAGCACAUCCCCUUUCACUUGCCGAAAAGAUCCACCUUGCGCUAUUCCCCACCGCUGGAGUAUUCUCCUGCUGCAAUCCUGUGCAAGCUCAUGUGGAGAUGGUGCACUGCACAAACUCAACAUGGCUGGUUCUGGCCAAUCCUAUUGUUAUUGUUAUUGUUAUUAUUAUUGUUAUUGUUAUUGUUAUUGUUAUUGUUAUUGUUAUUGUUAUUGUUAUUGUUAUUGUUAUUGUUAUUGUUAUUGUUAUUGUUAUUGUUAUUGUUAUCAGCAGUAUUAGUAUUAUUAUUAUCAUUUUAUUAA